CAACAUCAACGUUUUUGGUAAACAAUAGCUGUUGUUGAGAAGCAGCAGAGAUUCAAUUCGUGGAAACCCAUCAAGAAUGGCAAAAACAACCCAUGAAGAACUAAAAGUGGUGAAGCAGGAAUUGGACAAAUCUUACCUUCCAGACUCGAUUUGGGCAGACGAUAACCGAAUGGGUGUGCUCUUGAGCGAAUUUCGACCCAGGAAGGUUAACCCAGAUAGCUAUGACAGCAAAUUAAAGUUCUGGAAGGAAUUGAUUUCCUCCUACUGCACUGCUACAGGGCACUGCGUGGUAUCUAUAGCCGGCCUGAAAGAAUCCUUUCGCCGAAAGGGAACUGUACCAUACUGCCUUCAGACGGUGUUUGAUGAAAUGGACGCGAAUGGGGAACUUAUGCAAUUGGAGCAACUUUUGGAACAAACCGCAUCUUCCGGAUGGAGCCAAUGGGCCUUUAAUAAAUUCAUGCAAACUCCUGUUAGGUGGGGCUAUGAAAAAGCUCGUCACACGUUAGUGGGAAAUACUCGUAAUGAAUCACAACAAUAUGUUGUGAAACAAGUGGCAAUGCAUCACGCGGAACAGAUCGAACAAAUCAUCAACAAGCAGGGAUUGUGCAACAAAAUUUUGAGUUACGACGACUUGGUUCAGAUUGUGAAGCAAUCGUCGAAUGUUGUGGAAGGCGGAAUUCGACCAGUGGUAGCUUUGCUCGAACAACAAAAACGUUUAACGAAAGAAAUUCUCCUUGAAGAAACGCACAAACGUGAAAUUAUCAAAUUCGCCAAGCCAAACAGUGUCGCCCAACCCAUUUCCCAUCUCGAGAGGUCCAUUUUCGAGUUGGAACAAAGUGAAAAGGAGCUGAAAAACAGCAUAGCGAGCAUUGAUCAGCAGAUUGGCGAAACCAUGGGGGAAGUGCAUAAAUGCAUCAAAAAUGGCUGCAAGCAGUUGGCUAAAAGUAAUUUGAAGAAAAAGCACACACUCGAACAAAAUAUGCAACGGAAAGUUAGUGCGUUAGAAAAUUUACAACAUAUACUUUCAAAAAUUCACGAUAGUCAGUUGGAGAAGAACAUAAUAGAAGCAUAUAAGCUGGGCACAAAAACUUUGAAGCAGGCAUUUGCCGACUCUGGUUUAACACUUGAUAGUGUGGACAAUACACUGCUGGAACUGAAAGAUGUUUUGGAGACACAUGAUGAGAUGCAAAACAUGAUCGGUGCAGGCGCAAGUACGUCGGAAGACGUUGACGACCUAGAUCUUGAACAAGAAUUAAGCGGUCUUAUCGAUAUGAGUGUGAAAGAGACUAACAAUGAGGAUAAGCAUAAAAUCCAUAUUGCUUCAACGGUGCGACCGGCGGAAAUGAAAGAGCUUGAUCAGUUGCUAGAUUUUGACAAGGAAAUCGAAAAAAGGCUUGCGGCUCUGAGAGUAGAUAGUACGCUACCGCAACGACCAGAACAGAAAACAGCCCAUCCACAGAUUUGAUGUUUAGCAACUAUCAAAUGUUAAAUUUUAU